AUGUCGUCCUUUACCAAACGCAACGAAAAGAAGAAAAAAAAGAAGCCCGCCAAGAAUAUUGACUGUAAUGCGCCACCCCGUGACAAGACGUGGGCGCCUGACCCCUGGGACCUCAGCCCCGAGGGUGAAUCUUCCCAAACACUGUGUUCCUCUUUUGCCGCACAGUGUUCCCUCGACCCGCAAACAGAUAGCGUGGUCCCCUCCCAACCUUCAGAGGGCAAGGUACCCUGGUCAGACUCGGAUGUCAAAGAUCCGUUCUUGCUUCUUCCUUGGUUCGCCCUUGAAGAAGUCCUCGUCCACCUCCCAGACUUGCUCACAUUGCAUAAACUGCGCCGAGCCUCCCCGGCUGUGGCUGAUUAUCUGAACCAUACGCCGGGGGCCUUUGCCAUGGUUUUUGAAAGAAUCGUCGAGCACCGGUCCUAUGAGGUAGACGAGGAGGGCAACAUCCUUAUGUCCCCGGACUUUGAGGCAGGUGUGAAUAGCGACACCAGCAUUUUCUUUCGAAUGCUGGUGUAUCUUUGGUGGAGAGAGGAAUCCGCGGCGAACAACGUGCCUGCGGAUGGGAACCCGAUGCCGGAUACUUUCUACGACGAAGCCAUGUGGUCGGUGAACCAUUCAUCGACUGGCUUCCUCGAUCUACCCUGGCUGGGAAAGAUUAAACUCCCGCGAUCAACUCCGCCGAAAAUUCUUCGUCAUCUGCUGACCCUUGCAGUUCGCAUCCGCGCGGAUGCGCAUGCCUUCUUCCACGAGACGAUUGCCAUUUGCAAGUCUUGCCCCAUCGAGUAUAUCAGCGAUUGGGACAUCAAGAAGGCUUACUGGCCAAAAGGCGGGCGUAGGCCUCGCGGGGUUCAGACACCCACACCUGAGAGUGCGGAUUACCCUCCCACUUGGUUGGAGGAACAGCGUCUGACGCAAGCGUUCCUAAAGCCAUACCUUUUCUCGGUAUUGCGACGGGUAGUCUGUGAAAAGGGGCUCCUGAAAACCACUCCUCCCAUCCCGAACCCUGAGCUCCCAGACCAUAUCAAUCUGAGACUGCUGGAGGAAUACCCAAAUACCCUCCAGCAGCUGAAGGAGAAUUCGCUGGUAGAUUUCUGGAGGCCUUUCGCAGACGAGAGCCCCCUGACAGACGCCUUCGGAAACCGUCGCCCGCAGACAAUCGAGCCAACGGAACAACUUGAGACGGUGUUAACCUGGAUGGAGGAGAACAAAGCAAAGGCCUCCAAACGGCGCAAGCAAAGAAAGGAAUUUACAACGUGCUGCCCAAAAUUCGGCGAUUUGAGCCCCGAGCAAGUGAAGCAUGGUUCUUUCAGUCUCCAGUUCCUCUUCCAACCUGGUUGCACUUUUGCCCAAAAUUGCACCGCCAUUCCCCAUUCUGGUGUCCAAGGUGCUGGCCUCCGGGGAGAGUUCCAUAAGUUUGGAGUGGCCUUCUGGGACAACGAAAGGAUGAUGCAUUUGGGCCUGACUACUAGACGGAUGGACCGCUGGACGGACCAGAAGCAGCUUGCGUUUCGGUGGUCGGGGAUGUUGCUUUUGAGCAAGAAAAAGGGGAUCAAGAUAAGCGGGAAGAAAAAGGGAUGGCGCUUCCGCAGUCGCACAGCGCCCAUUCUGUGA